AUGACUACGAUAUUGAAUAAAGAGGAUAAGAGGAUUAUAACGACUAUUAUAAAUACACUUUACAAGUUCGAUAAUUCUAAUAAGAGAAUUGGAUGUUAUGAAAAAAAUGAUGGGAACUUUAUUGUUAUUUACGGGGCUAAAUCAUUUGAAUAUAACAAUUUGGAAAAAACUUUAACUGAAGUAAAUCAAGAUAUAAACGAUCUCCUAAGAAAUCUUAGUAUUGAAGACCAAGAUAAUUCGCUCGAAAUUGAGGAAUUAAAAAAGGAGAAUGAAGUUAAGUCGAUCGAAAUCGAGGAAUUAAAAAAUAAAAAUAAAGACUUGGAGCUCGAAAUUGAAAAAUUAAAAAAGAAAAUUGAAGGAAAUUUGAUCCCUGAACUGUCUACCAAGGAGAUAGAAAGAAUCAAAAAAUAUUUCUUUCUAACUGCAGAAAAUCUCUCUGAAAACUCUGAUGAUGAAUCCACAAUUCGCGAUGAAUCAUCCAUUACUGGACCUAAUGAACAUUCCGCAAGCCCCUCUAAUGAUAUUAAUUAUCUCAUCGUUAAAGUAGUUCCAAGAUUAUCAUUUUCAAUUUCUAUGAUGAAUUCAAAAUUAUCAUUAUCUUCAACUGCCAUGAUGAAUGAUGGUCAUAAAAUUCCAUUGAUAGGAAUGGGUGGAGUGGGUGAUAACACCGAAGCUCCCCAAGAUAAAACUACGCAAGAUGUCAUUUUAUGGGCUCUAGAACCUGGCCCUCAAAAACGUGUUAAAAGUUAUAAGACCUUACAAGAAUUAGUUAAGCAAGGAAAGGUUAGAAGUAUUGGGGUCUCAAAUUAUGGUGUAAAACAUUUAAAGGAGCUGAUGAAUAUUGAUCCUGAGAUUAUACCUGCCGUUAAUCAAAUUGAG